UUUCUUCAGAUUUUUGGAGUGUUUUAAUCUCAUACUUUUGAAGAAAUGUUUUACACAUUUAUUUUCUUCUGUCUCUGGCAUCUGGUUGAUGGAGUGAAGAUAGUGACAGUGAUGGAGGGAGAUUCUGUCACUCUACACACUGAUGUUAGUAAUAAACACAGACAUAAUAGACAGUGGUGGAUUGGUCCUGAAAAUACUCGGAUAGUCAGAGUUUUUUGGUUUGAUGAGGAGACAUAUGAUAUUAUGUAUUAUGAUGAAGACAUAUUCAGAGACAGACUACAGAUCGACAAUCAGACUGGAUCUCUGACCAUCAGGAACACCAGAACCACAGACUCUGGACUUUAUCAAAUGUACGGUGCGUUCUUCAGAGAAUCAUUCAAUGUUACCGUCUACGCUCGUCUGCCCAUACCUGUCAUUAUCACCAGAGACUCUUCAAAUGGUUCAUCAUCGUUAGUGUCUAAAUGUUCACUGGUGUGUUCAGCUGUGAAUGUGAGUGAUGUGACUCUCUCCUGGUUCAAAGGAAUCAGUUUAUUGUCCAGCAUCAGUGUGUCUGAUCUCAGCAUCAGUCUAUCUCUACCUCUGGAGGUGGAAUAUCAGGAUAAAAACACUUACAGUUGUGUGCUGAACAAUCCUAUCAGCAACUGGACCAAACAUCUGGACAUCAGUCAAUUCUGUCAGACAUCUGCAGACUUUGUCCACUGUUGUGGUUUCACUGAAGCUGUGAUUCGAUUGGUCAUCUCUGCUGUGGUGGGCGUGGCUACUGUUACCAUAGUGGUUUAUGACAUCAGAUCCAGAAGAGCUGAAAAAAAGCGGAAAACAUCAGUCAGUCCCUGA